AGUAGUAAGUUGUUAAUUAGCUAAAACGCUGAAGUUGUCCAUGAUAACAUUCAAACUCACAAACUUUGAGUUGCUAGACGUUACCAUUAUGCCCACCAUUAUGCCUUAUUAAGAAACAAUCUGUCUUAUGUAACCAUACCAAACAUAACAUAUGAUAAUACUUUUAGUGUCCCGGAUUUACGUAUACUAUGUUGCUUCUCGUCUAUGAGACCAGGCUGAGGCUGUUAUUAGGGUGCCAUGACAACUAUAGAACUCAUAUGCUUGAAAUAUGGAAAUACAUGGAACCUUGAAUCAUGAUUAUUUAAUCUUCUGAUUUAAUCAAGCCUAUUGUUUUCCUGUUCUAUUUUGGAAAGAAGUUUAGGUGACAAGCUGAUGGGACUAUGGGCUAUAUAUAGGUAACAAGCUCUGCUCAAAUGACGGCUAUAUUAUGACGCACCUUAGAACUUGUAAAUGUGCGCCAGAAGAGUACUCUGUCCUAGACCUAUCCAAAAGGCCCGAGGAUGCGCCUCAAGCUGCGGAACCUUCUACAGUUCAUGUGGAACAGGAGGUCCAACAGCGGGCCCCAAUGUGUGCCAUACAUCCGCGACAUCAGACAGCUGCAGAGCGAGGGGUUCUACCGAGUUUAUCUCGGUGAAACCGAGUUUCCAGAGGGUCUGAUCACUGGUGACAUCUCCGCGGCAACGGACGCCUCUAGCAGCAGACACAGCUGGAGCGUAAUCCACGCGGGAGGUCAGAGAGGAUGGGUUCCAUGGAAUUACAAACUACUGUUCCACUGUAAAGGUGUCUCCUCGCUGCAGCCUUCAGGGGAAAUAUUUGAAGAGUUGUGUGGCAGUUUAAGGAAGAACUACGGGAAAUGUGCAAUAGUAGUGAACAAUCAUAGCUGGAGGUCACCAAGGAAAGUUGACGAUUGUAACUUCGCAGGGUACAUUCAUCACCUGCCCGAGGCCCCGGUGGAUCUCAUACCUAUGAGCUGCUGCCCGACUUUGGCGCGCGCGUACGGACACGAGCUUAUUCAAAUCCCGUUCCAGUGCGCGCACCUGUGCCCUCUGAACAGCGUUUGGUCCACGGUGAAGUGGUUUGCGACCAACGACCAUGGGAAGUAUUCGGAGGCCAUUUACGACCGUGACACUCUACAUAAAUACGUCUAUUGGAAUGAGCUGAUGGAGGGAGCUCUGAAGAAGAUGACCAAGAGGAAAUGGGAGGAAGCAUUGUCUCGAGUUAGGAAGAAUGAGAAUCAUUACAUAAAUGACAAGCAGUGACAACGGUUUCAUUCAGACUAUAUAAAAGAGAUGCACAUGACAUUGGCUAAGGGACUUUUUGUUUGUUUGUUGGUAAAAGUAUAGUUUCCAGGUAUCGUGAGGUUAGUGCUAUGGUCUCUGCCAAAAGGUCUGAACCAUUAUGGCACAGGAUAAUGUGCUCACCCCAUACUGCAAUGUUAUUGA